UAAGUUACAAGAGGUCAGAGAGAGAGAGAGGGUUGGAAGUAUCCAGUGUGUGAACUGCAAGUGCCACAGCCAGGAGUAUUGUGGAUGAGUUGAGGGCUGUCGUCUGCCAGAUGCACUUCAUAUCAUUUUCAAUUUUCACAGAUGAGAGAACUUUAAGAGGAUGAAACAUUUCUCACACAUGUCUCCCUCCCCCAGAAAGAGAUUUCCGGGGGUAGCUGCGGGGGUGGCGCGAAAAAAAAGACCCGCUGCACUGCUGAAGACCACUCUGCAGAAGGACGGUGGGUUUGGGCGAGAAAAAAAGCUCUCGCUGGUGGAGUUUUGUGUGACGGACAGAAUAGGAAAAGAGUGUAUAGAGGGAAAAUGGUGAAAAGUUGUGCAGUGCAAGUGUUGGUGGUGGGCUUCAUUGUCGCUGUGGCGUCGAGAGGAAGUGGUGUUCGUGGUGAAUGUCCCAGCAGAUGCAGCUGCAUUCAGCAAACUGUUCGAUGUACCAGACUUGAGCUCCAGGGCAUUCCCGAUGUCCCAGCAGAUACAAAUAUUAUAGAUCUUCGCUACAAUCGCAUCCGUGAAAUCCCGCCGAGAGCUUUCUACGGGAAGACACAUCUGCAUACGAUUUUUCUCAAUGAGAAUCAAGUGUCAAGCAUCGAGGAGGGUGCCUUCGAAGGUUUACCAUCCCUCAAGUAUCUCUAUCUCAACAACAAUCGCAUUCAGCGUGUAGCACCGAAUGCUUUCAAGGAUUUAGACAAACUGCAGAGUCUAUAUCUCCAAUUCAAUGAAAUCAGCAAUCUGACCAAUGCACCAUUUGUCCAUUUGUCCCAUCUCUCGAGACUAUUCCUCUACAAUAAUCGCCUAACAACCAUUCCCGAGGGUCUUCUCAAUGGCCCAAGAUCUCUUAGAAGACUCCGUCUCGAUGGCAACCCACUGGAGUGCGAUUGUCGACUUUUGUGGCUGGUUAAAGCUCUGGUGAAUCCCAGGACGACCUUCCAAGUGGCUGCCACAUGUUCCUCACCAAGUGAUUUGGCUGGAAAAAAUAUUUACGUGGUCAAAGAAACAGAUCUCCAUUGCUCUAAACCAAAGAUUGUUCCACCACCAAAGAGUCUAAGAGCACCUUUGGGGCAAUCUGUAACAAUUCCCUGCCAAGCUUCUGGAUCCCCUAUUCCGGAUAUCAUCUGGAUGAGGAACUUCAAUGAAGUGGAUAAAAGAGAUCCAAGAAUCCAUGUAAUGCCAAAUGGAACUAUUGAGAUUGCCAAUACAACACAAGAGGACUUUGGAUCCUAUGAGUGCAUUGCCAGGAAUAUCAUGGGUGAGACACAUUCGGAUCCAGUAAAAUUGGAUCCCAUGGAGGAACGGGCAAGGUUGAAAUUCAUCGAACAACCCCAGAGUCUCUUUGUGGACACUCCAACUGCCAUUGUUUUGCACUGUCGUGCGACAGGCGAUCCGCAACCAAAUGUUAUAUGGUCACUCAAUGCAACUCCAUUGGAAUUAUCCGUACGUCGACGUGUCUUUCCCAAUGGCACGCUCUACAUCCACCCAUCCACCAGUGGCGAUUCCGGAACGUAUAAAUGCGACGUCAGCAACAAAUACGAAACCAUUUCCUCAAGUGCAGAAGUCAUGGUCGAUGCAAAAGAGGAAAUCACUUCUCAUACUGUUAUACCGAGAUUUGUUGUGACCCCAGAGAAUCGUACAGCAAAGGUGGGUGAAGAAGUCAUUCUGGAUUGUGAAGCUGAGGGAAAUCCCAGUCCGACUGUCUCAUGGGAGCGUGAGGAUGGUCAACAGAUUGUACCCACAACUAGGUUCUAUCUCACGGGGAAUCAACUCCAUAUCAAAGAUGCCAAGGAAUCUGAUUCAGGUCUAUACAUCUGCGUUGCGGAAAAUUCAGUGGGAUCCGCCGAAACGGUGGCUUCGGUAGAAAUUCAGAGUCUAGCUAAUCCUCCCCAUCUUAUCAUUGAGCCAUACGAUUUGGAAGCGCUCCAAGGAGCUACUAUUGAAUUGCCCUGCAUGGGUGAUGGAGAUCCUCCACCGCAGGUCAAGUGGAAGAAGGACGGAAGGACAAUUAUAUCAACAGAUAGAUUCAGAAUUGCCCUUUCUGGCAGUCUGCACAUUGCCAAUAUUACAAUUCUCGAUUCAGGGCGCUAUGAAUGUUCCAUCACAAAUGAAUUUGGCAGAGCAACAGGUCAAGGGCUGUUAAUUGUGAGGAAACCAGAUGAAGUAGCUCCAGGGGAGAAAUUUGUCCGGAUGGCUUUUGCAGAAGCCUUUAAGGAGGUGGACACAGCGAUCAAUCAAACUGUUGCUUCUCUCUUCUCCCCAGAACCUCGAGAUUCGCAUGACUAUGGCGAGAAAUUCCGCGUGUUCAGAUUUCCAAAUGAACCAGCCAGGGAAUUGGCCAGAGCAGCUGAGGUGUACGAGAGAACUUUGGUCAAUAUACGAAAGCACAUUGAUAGUGGCCAGGUCAUGACGGCCAAUAAAACCGAUUUCAAUUACACUGAAGUUCUCUCGCCGGAACAUUUGGAACUGAUUGCCAGUCUGUCGGGAUGCAUGGCUCAUCGACAGAAGCCCAAUUGUACGGAUAUGUGCUUCCAUGGGAAGUACAGGACUAUCGAUGGGACUUGCAAUAAUCUGGCCAAUCCCACAUGGGGAGCUUCCUUGACGGGUUUCCGGAGGAUUCUGAGUCCGGUGUAUGAGAAUGAAUUGAGUAUGCCUGUGGGCUGGACAAAGGGACGUCUGUACAAUGGAUUCCCAUUGCCUAGUGCACGUUUGGUGUCUAUGAAGAUGAUUUCCACGGAGGAAAUCACUCCGGAUAGUAGGAUAACGCAUAUGGUUAUGCAAUGGGGACAAUUUCUUGAUCAUGAUCUCGAUCAUGCUAUUCCCUCUGUGAGUUCUGAGAGUUGGGAUGGGGUGGAUUGUAAGAAAACCUGUGAUUUUGCUGCUCCGUGCUAUCCCAUUGAAGUUCCGGUGUCUGAUGUUAGGGUAAAUAAUCGAAGAUGCUUGGAUUUUGUGAGAUCCAGUGCUAUUUGUGGCUCUGGUCAGACUUCGGUUCUCUUUGGGCAGAUUCAGCCUCGGGAGCAGAUCAAUCAAUUGACGUCGUUUUUGGAUGGUUCCCAGGUUUAUGGGUAUAGCAAGCAAUUUGCUGGGGAUUUGCGCAAUUUGACUGGUGAUGAGGGUAAAUUGAGGAUUGGAUUGCAUUUCCCAGGGCAGAAACCGCUCUUGCCCUUUGCUUCGCCAACCGAUGGGAUUGACUGUCGCCGGGAAAUUGGGGAAAGCAAUGUCAAUUGUUUCACUGCUGGGGAUAUUCGGGUUAAUGAGCAAGUGGGGCUCUUGGCUAUGCAUACAAUCUGGUUCCGAGAGCACAAUCGCAUUGCUGAGACUCUAAAGGUGUACAAUCCACAUUGGGAUGGGGAGACACUGUACCAGGAGGCUAGGAAGAUUGUCGGGGCUCAGAUGCAGCACAUUACAUAUUCGCAUUGGUUGCCCCUGAUUCUGGGUGAGGAGGGAAUGAGGAUGCUCGGUGGUUAUUCAGGAUACAAUCCCAAUGUCAAUCCUUCGAUUUCCAAUGAAUUUGCCACGGCAGCUUUGCGUUUUGGGCAUUCCCUGAUCAAUCCCAUUCUCCAUCGUUAUGAUUCCAAUUACAAGGAGAUCCCCCAGGGACACUUGCCUCUCCAUCGGGCAUUUUUCACGCCCUGGCGGCUGGUUUAUGAGGGUGGAGUUGAUCCUCUGAUGCGUGGGCUCUUCCUCACUCCGGCAAAGCUCAAGAAGCCCCUUGAGAAUCUCAAUACAGAAUUGACAGAGAAGCUCUUCCACUCAGCUCAUGCAGUUGCCCUGGAUUUGGCUGCUAUUAACAUUCAGAGAUCCCGAGAUCAUGCCAUUCCCUCCUACAAUGACUUCCGGAAGGUUUGCAAUUUGACUUUUGCAGAGACUUUUGAGGAUUUACGUGGGGAAAUCUCAAAUGGUCAGGUCAGGAAACAUCUUCAGGACAUCUAUGGACAUCCCAGCAAUAUUGAUAUUUGGGUGGGGGGCAUUCUGGAGGAUCAGGUUGAGGGAGGAAAAGUUGGUCCACUUUUCCGAUGCCUUCUGCUUGAGCAAUUCCGUCGUCUUCGGGAUGGUGAUAGAUUUUGGUAUGAGAAUCCAUCGAUUUUCAAACCGGAUCAACUUGUUCAGAUUAAGCAAUCAUCCCUGGCCAGGGUAUUGUGUGACAAUGGGGACAAUAUCACGGAGAUUAGUGAAAAUGUCUUUAUGCUGUCGCAUAUGCAGGAUGGCUUGAAGUCGUGCGAGAAGUUGCCGGAGAUUGAUUUGAGAUUCUGGAUGGAUUGCAGUGGAUGCAAACCUCGUCCGCAUCAGGGAGGGGAAUUGAUUCGUCGCCGGAGAUCUCUGAAUGCUUCCUUCGAGGGCAAAUACCACGAAGAAGAAGACAGCAAUUGGAUAGACAUGAAUGAGGAGAGGAUUGAGGGAUUAGAGACAACUCUUGAAUCCUUCCAGAAGACUCUCAAGCAAAUGCGUCGGAAACUGAAGAAACUGGAAGCUUCCUGUCAAUCUGGAAUCAAGGUUCAGAAGGUUCAUGGACACUGCACUGACUGGGGUGGGAUCAGGAGGCUCAAUAAUGAGGUUUGGAAGGAGGAUUCUUGCACCCAAUGCGAAUGCAAACACCGGGAAGUUCACUGCAUCCGUGAAAAAUGUCCAGAAGCUGCAAAAUGUGCCAAUGGAGCAAUACCCACAAAAGCUGACAACGACUGCUGUCCUGUAUGUCCUCCAGGUCCUCCAAAUGCCAAAACACCAACGACUCCUGCUCCCGGAACCACAUCAGCAUCAACAGCUGCAGCUCCAGGAGCCUAAGAACCCUUCAAACCAUUCAUUUACCAUGUUUGAUAUGAAAAGAAGAUUUAUUGUGAAUCAACUAAAAUCAUAAGAGUACCAUUUCUUCCCCCUUAAAACUGCCCAAAAAUUCUCCCUGAACACGGGAAAAAAGGGUAGUCUCCGUUUUUUGAUGGAUUUCGAGAUGAUAAACCUCAGCAAAUUUUAGAUAGUGGAUAAAAAUACUGACCCUUAUCUUCAAAUCACUGAAAAUAAUUACCCAGCAUUCAUAUUCAUAGCGUAGAAAUAAAUAAACAAAAGAAAAAAUUCUUGAUCUAGAAUGAAUUAGAGACAAUUAUCUCACCAAAAAGAAAAAAAGAAAACGAGAAGUAAUUAAAAAUUUACAUAGGACAUCCUAAAGAUAAGAAUUUCGAAUGUAUUUUAAUUGUUUUAUAAACAACAUGAUGAUGAAAAAAACAUUUCCGUGUAUUUGAGGAAUAAAUAAUAAAAGAGAAAUAUUACAGAUA